AUGUCUAAUCUACAGUGGAUUAUGGCACGAGAGCCGAGGCCGUCCCGGAAACUUUCGGGCAAGUCAGUACUCUCUCUCGGAAUUCUCAACGCCGCCGACAGCAUUCGUGCCACUUGUUUCCCAAACCCACUCCGACGAACUCCGAAGCUCUGA